AUCAUUUGUUGAAAUACUCCCGCGGUUAUCGUGGAAAUAUAAUAAGAGUUUACUAAUUAUCCUUUUAAUACCAUAAAAAAAAACGGUGUAACGUAGUAAAUUUCAUGGCAAAAAUUAUAGUGUCAAAUUAUUCAUUCUAAGAUUUUAUUAUUAUGUAAGAAGUGGAUUUAAACAUAUUUUUAUUUUUCACCUUGGUUUUCGUUUAAUAUUCACAAGAUUUUAUCAUGGAGCUCUCUAAGAAAGGUUCUAUGAGUUCCCUUUAUCUAUCGCCGUUGUUGGCCGGAGCAGUGGCAGGUUUCUCGGUAGAUGUGACAUUGUACCCGCUGGACACGUUGAAGACUCGUCUGCAAAGUCAGCAGGGAUUCCAUAAGGCUGGCGGAUUCCGUGGAGUCUACAAGGGUCUAAUGACAGUUGUGGCGACGUCGAUGCCCAUGUCAGCAUUGUUCUUCAUGUCAUACGAAGGCACGAAGUCAACCCUACUGCCACACGCGGCGAGCCACUGGGCGCCAGCUGUGCAUAUGUUCGCAGCCAGUGUUGGGGAAGUGUUCGCGUGUGUCAUCCGCGUCCCAGCUGAGAUAGCUAAGCAACGGAAACAAACCUACGUCGGCUCCGGAACACGCAGCGCCAUCUCUAUUCUACUUGAAGCAUACAAGUCGGAAGGCAUGCGCAAGGGCGUGUACCGAGGGUUCCUAUCGACUGUCGCACGAGACUUGCCGUUCAGCUUCAUAGAGCUGCCAGUGUGGGAGCUGAUGAAGGCCACGGUGAGGCAGCACAACAACGGAGAGAUCACCAGCUUGCAGAGCGCAGUAUGCGGCUCCCUGGCCGGUGGGUUCGCCGCAGCAGCCACGACACCUCUUGACCUCGCAAAGACGCGAAUAAUGCUGGCCGAACACACCACAUCGCCCAAGCUGCGCGUCCUAGCCGUCCUAGAGCACACCUACUGCACCCGCGGCCUUCGCGGCCUGUUCGCAGGCGUCGCGCCCAGGACGACAGCAUUCAUGAUCGGCGGCUUCGUCUUCUUCGGAGUCUAUGAUGACGUCAAAGCCGUCCUGGAGAAGAAGUUUAGUUAGUGAAAGUGUUGGUAGGACCAUGGUAUAAGAAGACCAGGUAUGCUCAAUCCUA